AAACAGUAUAUUAGAAUGAGUUGAAUAGUAGGGAUCAUAUGUGAAUAGGAGAAAGAAAUAACAAUACAAAACACAAACAAGAGAGAUAGAAUAUUCGAAUGACGUCAUAAGCUGCAGUUUCAAGAAGGUUUAAACGAGAGUGGCAGUCUUAUUCUUUACACUCGCAUAUUCGCGAUAAAAAUUAAUGCCGAUAGUUUGUAUUCGUAUUCACAAUCUCAUGACAUUUGCUUAUAAAUCUCUGCAUAGAAUGAAUCGGUGUUUUUCUUUUAAUAAUAUACGAGAACGGUAUUAAGUAAUUCAUAAUAACAUAUAAAAAGAAACUCUCCCUCAUCCGUGUAUUAGCGUCCAACGAAUGUAAACGAUUUCCAUUGAGCUGAGAAUUCGUGUUUUCCAUUAAACUAUCAAAAUAACCUGAGUGUUGUGUAUUAUAUAUAAUUGAAGAAAAUGGUGCUUUCAGAAUGUUAUGGAUUUGUUAAAUAUUCAUUAGUCUGCAUAAAUUUUAUAUUUUGGGCUGUAGGUCUAGCAGCAGUAGGUCUUGCAGUAUGGAUGUUAACAGGACAAAUGUUUCUAUUGUCCUUGGCCGAGGAACAGCAUAACCUCAAUGCCGGUCUUUAUAUCCUGCUCUCAGCAGGAAUCCUAAUGUUAAUAGUUGCCUUUUUCGGUUGUUGCGGUGCUUUCCGUGGAUCCCAGUGCAUGCUGGUCGCUUUCUUCAGCUGCCUGCUAGUGGUAAUCGUUGCACAAAUCGCGGCUGGAGCAUGGUUGUAUACCAAUAGCAAUCGUCUCGAAGAACUGGUUAAAUCUUCUGUAAUAAAUACUGUUAAGAACAAAUAUGGCGAGGACAGUGCUCACACAGAGACUGUGGAUGCUUUUCAAUCAGAUCUAGGAUGUUGUGGAGCUAUAGGUCCAGCGGAUUGGACAGGUAGUAAAUAUGCAACCAGCGAUUCUUCAUUUCCUGUCAGUUUUACCGUUUCCGGAGACGCGAAUAACAUGUACAAAGUACCCGAGUCCUGUUGCAAAAAAAAAAACAGCGCUGAUUGCAAAGCAGGCCAAAAUAUUAAAGUGGCUAGUGUGGUUAGUUCGGCAAUUUACAACGAGGGCUGCAUAGAUAAAUUGAUGGAUGCAUUAAACAGCCAGAAGAAUAUCGUGAUAGGAGUCACAGCUGCUAUAGCUAUUCUAGAAUUACUUGGUUUGAUAUUCUCUUUGGUGUUGUGCUGCGCAAUUGAUUCUUCCGAUAGAUAUAAAGCUUGAAUAUAA